AUGGAAAGAAGUACACAUCAGUGGCGGAUGAGAAGUAGAAGUACACAUCAGGACGAGAGGCGGAUGUAUGUGCUUGUUCCCAGUCUAAAAGGAGAAGACGUGGGGGACGGAGGAGAAAUAAGACAUCAUGACGUGGUUUCCGGAGGAGUUGCAGGUACCAACUAUAUAGUACUCUUCGGAAAAUUCAAGUAGUUUUUGACUUCGACCACUUCGUGCUUCUAGUAUUAAAAAUUCAGGUACUACUUAAGUUCUUUUUCUACUAAUAUCCGGAAUUUUCAGCACAAUAAAAAAAUAUUAGAAUUUGCGUUGAACGAAAACGUCUGCAGCUGCACUUUCCCAGUAAUUUUUAAGUCCUCUUCUACUUGCAUGCGCUUUCCAAUUCCAUGUAUGAUCAGGGCGCCACUGGAGCUUGUGCGUACACUGGCAAGGAGAGCAGAAUGAGAAGCACACAAGAGAGGCGGAUGCUUGUGCUUCCAAAAGUGGUAGUGGACAACGCACUAAAGAAACAAGUGGAGGCUUCUGGUACCAACUGUUUUUUAUCUUCAUCAUGCUUUAGAAAAGUAAAAUUUUGAUUUUCGAUUCCUAUAAUUAGAAAUCAGCGCCAUUCAGAUUCAGUUUGCCUUAUUUUACGUUGUUCGCGGCGUCGACUUUUUUUGUUUUUUCCCGAUUGAUUCAUCUACUUCUACAACUUACAGUUACAGUUACAUCUACUUCCGCACCUUCCAUGUAUCAUUCGUAUCCCAGGUCGAUGGCUGGUUUGAUCUUGUAGUGCUUCCAGAAGUGGACAACGGACUCAAGAAACAACUGGAUGGUACCAACUGUUUAUCUUCAUGCUCGUUUAGUGGAAACAAGGUACUACAUAUAGUUUAGAAGUACUUUGAUUUUCGAUUUAUUGGUACUGCAUCUAUCAACUACUGAUCAUGAUUAGCGCAAUACUCCCACAGGGCGACACUGUCCAUAAGAGGAGGAUGCGAAGAAGUACGCAUCAGAGCCAGUGGUAAAAAUAUUGAGACGAGGAGGAUGAGAAGAAGUACGCAUCAGAGCAGGCGGAUGCACAGAGAUGGAGGCGGGCGAUCAUGCUCCUUGUGCUUCCAGAAGCGUGGACAAGCACACAGUUUGAACGGAGAAGUGGGCGCUGGACUGUGGCCUCGUCUGGAGGUACUAAAAACCGUAGAAUAUCUUGCACAUGCUUUAGUAGAAGAAGAGUAGAAUAAGUAGAAUUUUUUUAAUCAUUUCGGUUUCGUACUAUGCAUUCUUUCUACAACUCUUUUUAUAAAUAUCAGGAAUUCUAGCAGCUCAAGCUCUUCACAAGAAGGCCAUACUCUAGCAGCUCAAGCUCUUCACAAGAAGGCCAUACUCUUACUCACAAGUAGUCUAUCUUCACACUCAUCACUGCAGGACGGUAGGAGAUGAAAGAUCGCCAUUCUUCGGUCUGGCUCUGUUUAAGGAGACGACAGAGGUGCAACUGGGAGACGACGGAGGUGCAACUGGGAGACGACGGAGCUAGCCUGAAUCGACUGGCAGAGGCGCUUGUCAGGAUCGAUUGAUGAAAGAGGCAAUCGGUGACUCCGAAAAAGGGUUUCGUAGUCUAUUGGGUUAUUCAUCGACACUAGGGGAAGGGGUUACGAUGAAUGAAAGAAGUCGGGGUGAAUAGAUGAAGAGCGAGUCGUGCUCGUGGCUCAGAAAAAUAUGAAAUAUUAACAAGUAUUAUAAUAUAAUAUGAAAAUGAAUGUAAUUGGUGCGAUGAGAAUGAGACUUUUUAUUAAUUUUUUUCAACCGAAAGACAGUGAGACACGAAAAAAAGCGACGAAAUAUGUAAUUGAACAAGAAUCUGGUGAUGAAGAACUAGGAUAAAAAUAUUAAGCAAGCAGCGUUGUAUUAUCGAGAUUUUUUCAAGCAUCAUGAGGCAUGAGGGACAGGGAGAUAGCAAUAGAAGAGAUCAUCAUACUUGUUUUGUAAUAGUAAUUAUUAAUUUAUUAGACUGACAGGGACUAGAACUACAAAUAAUUAAACAAUAAGUGAAUUUCCAUGCAAAUUAGUAAUGCAAGAAUAGAACAACUGAACGGAGCCUACACCUACAGAAGUUGUAGAAUAGAUGCUAGAUUUUCAGAUUUAGAACAGCGGACCAAUGCCAUCCUUGUUGACGAAGCAACAGGAGGCGAUCCUUAAGUUUAGCAUCCUAUUUGCUUUAGCAAUGAAUUUAGCUUCUACGUGGAUAUCCAUGCGAAUUAAUAAUGCAAUAAUAGAACUGAACGGAGUCUACUCUCUACAGAAGUUGUAGAAUGGAUGCUAGAUUUUCAGAAGAUUUAGAAACAACGAACCAAUGCCAUCCUUGUUGACGAAGCAACAGGAACCGAUCUUUAAGUUUAGCAUCCUAUUUGCGUUAGCAAUGAAUUUAGCUUUUACAACAUUUUCACUGACUCGUCGUUUGCGUCAUCAUCUAAGUCUAAAAUCAGCUUCGAUGUACAGCACACUUUGCCACCUGCACCAUUGGCUAACGCUGAUAAAUUUAGAAUCCACUUAGAGCACCACUUCUAACAAUUCUGUCUAUGCAAUUGAUGAAAGUACCUGAAGAAUAGGAGUAUCUUCGAGGUGAACGAGGCAAUAGCUAGCUACUGAUACUGAAUUGUAACUACAGAUGAACCGGCACGAGAGGAGGUAUGACACUGACUCGAAAAAAGAACAAGAACUUGAUGUUGAUGAACGUAAUCGUUAAUACUUCUUAUGUUGAUGAAUUUGAAAUAAU